ACGAAUAAUAUUUUUCGCUCGAAACAAACAUGGCUGAGCACAGAUUUCAAACAUAAAUACUGGGAAAGGUCUAUAUUAACAACAUAUUCGACUAUAAGAAACUUUGAAAGAUGGAUUCCAAAGAUGUUCGCAUUUUAAGAUGUCAUUCUUAAUAUUAAAAUAUUUUUGAUUUUAUAGUUGUGCAGAUUUAUUAACUUGAGACAUGUUUUGGCUUGUCGAAUAUAUUUUGCGGGUUAACUAAAUUAUUUUGAUCUUUCAGGAUUGCUUCACAAACAAAUCAAAAGAAAAUAUAAUGACGUCAAAAAAUGAAUAUGAGUUACCAAGCGAAGAUUUGGGCAUUGCUCAAACUAGUUCAAAGUACCAAAGAGAUGAAAUUCAAAAAGCUGCUCAAGAUCUAUCUAUUGAUGCUCUUAAAACGGCCGCUGAAGAUAUUCGUGUAGAAACAGGCUUUGUUGUAACAACAUCUUCGUCAUCUACAUCAAGGAGAUCUACUCCUUUUGAAAGAGACACUGACGAUAAAUCUAAUACAGGAGAGAUGGAAAACGCUUGGAAAAUAAAAACCUCCGAUUCUUCUGCCUUUGAACGACUCUCGGGAGCUGGAUCUUCUCCAUUUGCCUCACAUGUAGAUUAUAUACCACCCCAAGAGAGAUCCCAGUACUCGUACCAGAAAGAGAAAAAUUUUGAGAAUUAUGAAAAGAAAAAUCCUUCAUCAUAUUUUUCAACAAAGGAUGAACCAGAUCUAAUUAAUUUUGAUGGCAUGAAUGAUUUACCACUUUCGCGUGUGACAAAUGAUGCGCAAUAUAAGGCUGAUUCUGGUUUGUGUAGCACAAAUUCUGAGAAGAAACAGUCUUCGGAAAGUUCCAAAAGUGGAACUGUUUUAAAUGAUUCUGGUCUACAAUAUGAAGACAUGUCGUCUGAAAAGACACCACCAAGAACUCGUUAUACAGAUGAUUUGUUCAUUUCAGUCUCGAAUAUAAGCAAUAACAGCAGCCAACUUUCUUCUCCAAUGCAUGCAACAAACCGGAGUGAAACAAGUACAUCUUACAAGGAUCUUCCAAAUCAGCUGAAAAAUUCAACAAUGCUGGAUUCAGAUUCUGAUCGAACAUCUAUUUCAGAUGAGAUUGUUAGCGAAGAUGUAAAAAGAAUAUUACGCAAAUUUGGUAAUAAAUCAACAGAUUCUAGUUAUUCUGUAUCUGUACCCAUGGGCUCCUCUAAUACAACUAGGACAACACUUCCAACGUCACCGAACCAACUUCGAAACAGUCGUUAUAGCUCUCUUGAAAAAGAUUUGCAUGAUAUUGAAAAUGGCUUAGCAGCUUUCCAAUCCCCUAGAUAUAGCGAUAGUUUCUCUUCAAACUAUUUAAAUCAAACUUCUGUAUCAGAAACUUUGAGCGACUUGAUAAAGAAAGAGUCUCCUCCAAGGCAAGCUUACGGAUAUUUGCAAGAGGCUGAAAUAGUUGAACGAAGUACCAGAAAAUCACCACCACCUUCAGAAUUAUCUUCUAUACAUUUGACGCCUCUAUCACGAGAACCUUUUUCUGCAUUCGGAACUGCUCACUCGGUACUAACUCGUCAACUUGACAGAAUGCGAUACGAGAGUCCUAUGCGAAACUCUAAGAGCUCCGAAGUUUACUCCCCUUCCAGAGAGUAUAACUUGAGCCAUGCUUUCAGUGAUCCUACACUACUCUCAGAGAGGGUUAGGUUUUUGACAGAGCGCGAAAGACAGUUGAGAGAACAAGAAGAAAUGUUAAGAAAGCAGAAAGAAAAAGAUGCUAUUGAAAUGAGAAAUUUACAAGAAACCUUAGACAGAGAGAGGGAUGAAGCAUAUCGAAAAAAGUUAGAAAUAGAAAGACAAAUAGAGGAAGAUUCUACGUUAGAAGAGAGAGAUUCAUUCGAAAAGAAGUCUAAUUGCUCAAAUAGUUUUAGAUCGGAAAAAUCUGAUAAACACUCAAAUUCAUCUUAUGAAAAGUCAGCAAGUAGUUCUGCAAUUUUAAUUGCGCGAGAAAAAGAAAGAGAAUACGCAGAAAAGAAACGAAGAGAAUUGGAAAUGAAAGAAAAUGAAUUGUCAUUAAAACUGGAUUUGGAAGCUGAUAAUUUAAGACACAAAAGAGUGGAAGAUGGAGAAAGGAAAGGUGAUACGCUUUCGGAACAUACUUUAAGCCCUAGCCCGAGUAGCUCUCCUUCCCGUCAAAUAUCAGCUAGGAGUCCGCACAGUGAACACCAAGAUAGACCCUCCGCUCGAUCGAUAAAAAGCGAUACCGCUAAAGCGCCUAGUGAUACAACGAUUGAAUCUACUCAUCCGGGAAGCGACGACUUUAGACCGCCAUCUCUCCCUCAUUGGGCAUAUGGAACAAGAAGAGAUCCUGCACCGUCUGAAGGUAUCUACUCUAAACCUCAAGCUCAGACCGAAGAGCAAUUAGGAACCAUUUUUGAACAGUCAGAUGCUAAUGAUGACUUAAAUCGGUCUAUUAAAGAUACGGAGAAGUGGUUAAAUGGACACUUUGAAUCCAAUACAAACGAAAAUAAUGCGAACGAAAAUCUGUCAAUAGUAGAAGAUGAGCUGAGUAGUGCUUUACCAGACGAAAGUAAAGCGAAAGAUGAAGAGAUUGAAAGAAUAGCAGCUAGAAGUUAUCAGUCCUUACAUAAUGACGAUAAAACAGACACCCCUACAUUUAGUCGACUGUAUGCUACGACAAGCCAAGAUUUUACAUCAGAUGACAGAACUUGGUCCGUACCUAAAGAACGGAAAAGUUUUGGAGAAAUAGAUAAGAAAACACCUACAUCUGAAUCAUCAUGGCAUCAAUAUCGUGAUUUACCUUCAAAUAUAAAUUUUCAACGUUCGGUUUCUAGUAGACCUGACUCUGAAACUACUCAAAGGGCAAGAAGAGCAGUUGCAACAGCUCUCGAUGCUAGUAAUAAAGUUGAUGAUAUAUUAAUUAGAGGAGAAGAUGAAGAAGUGUAUUCUCCAACAACCGAACGCCUCUUACGGUUGUUAAAUCAGAGUAGAUCAGCUUUAGAAUUUAACAACAAACAUUUUACCUAUUCUAAGCCUGAGGAAUUGAAUGAGCGAGAUCCAAUUAAGAUGAGCGAAGAGAAAAAUGUAAAUAAAAGUAAUUAUCAGAGUACAACUCUAUCGCUCGAUGAGCAAGAUCUCCUCAGACAAAUGGAACCAUCAAGGAGAUCUGACGUAGGAGCAGAAAGACAUAGUGAAAGUAGCGAACAAAGUGAACGAAGUGAUGUCGAAAUUAUCCUAAACCCUGCUGGUCGUAACUCUAAGCGACGAUUGGAUAUAUAUUGCAAUGGAACAACAAGCCAAGAUUCAGGCUCCACACUUACUAGUAUACCAGAAGAUUCAACUUUAGAAAGCUCAGUUACUCAUUCAUCUGAUAGACAGAAAAAUCUUCCGGAUGAUCCUAAAUUAUUAAAAUUACACUCUAAAAUUCGUCGCCAAAAAGAGAAGCUUUUAAGAGGUAGAUAUAUGGAACAAAAACGUAAAGAAAAGAUUUCCAAAUUAGAGAAGCUGGCAGCUGAAGCUAUUGAAAAAGAUGAAUCAACUACUGUCUCAACCGACAGUGCUUUAAGAACAACUGAUAGCUCUACAAUGGUAGAAGACUCUGAUCUGAGUGAAAAGAAGACUAAAUAUAAAGAAAGUUAUGAACGCAUUCCAUCCAGACACCCACCGACCAAAACAAUGACUAAGAGACCAGCCGCAGCUGUUCGUAGACCUGCUGUUCCAGCUCCAACCACUCUCCGAUUAAAGCAAGUAGAUUAUUCGAAAAAGUCAACAAGAAAGAAUUCAUCUCCGACAGCCAAGAAAGUUCCUUCGUCUAAGGGAAAAAGAGACGUAGGAGUAAAUGUACCAUCUCCAAUUUCGUUGAACGAAAAAGCCGUGCAAACUGUUAUGGAAAAAUCUGUGCAAACGUCUCCUGUGAGAACAAAAAACAAAAGAGAUGAAAACAAGGAGAAUUUCACUAAUAAUCAUCCAUCAUCAAUCGACUCUAUAUGGAAGUAUUCAACGUCAACGUCAAAUGAAAGACCAUUUAUAUCCGUCCCGGAAAAAGUUACCUCUAGUUCAAAGCCAAAAGUAAAUUAUUCCACAAAAUCGAAUCAUUCAACAAGACAUAGGCCAUCAACGGCAUGGACAAUUGAUCAGCCAGCAACUUUCAAACGAAAUACGUCUCAAGCUUGGUUCAUAGCUACUGAAAGCCCUAAAUACUCAAAGAGAAAAACUCUUUCCGAAAGCAAAAAGUCAAAUUUGAAUAAUUUCGAGGAUGUUGACUUAUUAAACAAGCUAAGGCGUAGCUUAAAAAUUGACCAAAAAGGAACGCUCCAAGAUGCGUUCGAACGCCAGAAACGCCGAACUAUUUCAAAUAUUGAAGAAAGGAGAAAAUGUGUAAGGCUUAGAGCCGAAGAGAGACGAAUCGAAACUGUUAGAGCUGGUGAAAGGGGUGAACUAUUUUGGGAACCUGCCGAGAGCGAUAGAAAAAGAGAUGCUUGCUUUGAUCCGAGAUUUGAUCGUUUAUUUAGACCAAGAAAGAGAUGUGUGUCAUUGAAGGAAGCUAGAGAGAGAUCGGCAAAAUUGUAUAAAACACUCCCAGAAAUUACCGAAAAGCAAUUAGAAGAGAGGAGAAGAGCGGAAGCAAAGCGAAACAAGCUACGAGCUCAAAUAUUUAAACAGAAAGUCCUUAAUCGGUUACUAAAUAAAAAAGGCGCCUGGGUUACAAAGUAUUGA